GACGAGGAGCGUCUUCUAACAGGCUCCUCUGGCACAGAAGAAGCAACAUGCAAACGCAGGCCGGCUCUGCCGCCUCAUCACCUGCGCAUGGAUUAACUGGACGCCGCGAAGAGAAAGUCUCAGCAGUAAGGAACAAGGAGUGAUGACUGUAGUCGUCGGUGUCUUCCAGCUUUAGCCGUCACGCCGGGCAGGGAUGCUUUUUCUGGCUCGCACGGCCCACGGCCAGUUCCUGGGCCUGAUCGUCGGGUUCCUGGGAUGGAUCCUCAUCCUGGCCACGGCCGGCCUGAACGAGUGGCGGCUGUGGUUUGUGUCCGACGUGUCCGUCAUCAAUUCGGGGGUGGCCUGGGUGGGCAUCUGGAGGGCCUGCUUCUACAGCCACAUUCUUUCGGAUUUCGAGAACUGCCAGAGCUUCAGCAUCUCGGACAGCUUCCUGCCGGUGGAGAUCCCCGUGGCGCAGGUGCUGAUGAUGCUUUCGGGGAUCUGCGGCCUGGCGGCGAACGUCGCGGGCGGGCUGGCCAUGAGAAUGGCCUACUUCUCGGUGAAGGAUCGCAGGUAUCUCCGGCUGCUGUUCUUGCUGGCGGCAGUGCUGUAUCUCCUCACAGCCACCUUGUCCCUGGUGCCCCUGGUGUGGAAUAUGACCUCUGUGUUGAACAACAGCACCAUCGCCUUUCCUCCUGAGUAUUACCUCCCGAGUGUGCCCAAAGGCCAGGCGGUGGGUUCGGCCAUCGCGGUGGGCAUCGUGGCCUCCAUCAUGAUGCUCAUUAGCAGCCUGAUUUUCUUCUGCUACCGGCAUGUGUGGGAAUCUCUGAGCUCUGAAAUCCCCAAGGUUCCUCCGAACGCUCCCAGGACGGCAGCGACACUGCCGCAGACUUCAGAAAUGUCAAACAGAGAUUUGAGAGGUGUGGAUAACCCGACCUACAACGAUGAAGAACUCUUAUAAAAGACACAACCCAACAUUGUUUAUCUUUCCAUUUUUACCCUUCCACGCGAGAGAGACUGAGAACUUAACGAUUUUACUGUGAAACGUUCGCCGUCAUCUUGUAAUGCAAAAAAAAAAAAAAAAAACUGUGGGAAUCAUUGUUGCAUGAAAAAUUCACCAUCACUGUCAGAGACCCAGAACCGCAUCACAGUAAUAAAUGCUUUUUAAAUCGCUGAAACAAAGAGUCUUAGUUAAUUCUGACAAACCAAAUGAAGCCUUGGAGUCAUAUUUCUCUCAGCCUAUUUAAUUUCAGACCUGUUUGUUCUCGUUGUAAUUUCAUCUUCAUUGGUUCUUCUUCAGAAUGUAAGAAAAACUUCCAAACACCUUUAAACUCAGAAAAAUGGAAAGUUCCCUACAACUGAUGUGACACCUCUUAACAUUACAGCCUUUAAAUAAGAAACAUUUUUUGAUAAUGAGGCACUCUAGUAACAAGAGAGGAUUUCAGUCACUGAGAAAACAGCAAUAGCCUUUUGAGUCUUACGACAAAAGAGCACUCUGACUGGAUGGAUAUUUCUUGGUCUGAUUUGAACACCCCCAAUUAAAAAAUGAGAUUUUUCUACCUGGUUUUCAAGUUGCAUGUAUUUAUCAUCAGCUAAAGUUAGCAUUUU